AAAUAUUUCUCUUUUGAAGGAUAUAUUUGGUGAGAGAUAAAGCAACGACGGCAUUCCAAGCAGGCACCUUGUUGAGAGAGAAUCAGAGGUUGGUCCUACAUUCCUCUGGAUGGGUCGGCGCGUUUUGACUGAGGAACUCUGAAGAAGUGUUCGUGAAAUAAUCAAUACUCGGCACCUUAUUUUUGCAUCAAGAACAAAGAAGCACUACUCAAUAGCUCGAAGCCGUAAUCUUAAUUUCAACCAUAUCGUGUCUUCAACAUGGGUAACCAACCGUCGUCGUCGUCGAAGAGGCGCAGCAGCAGGAAACCUCAGACUGCGGCUGAGCAUGCCGCAGAACGUGCCAAAAGAGUGGUUGGAGAUCUACAGGAGGGAAUAAAAAAUUCGGUUAAAAAACUGGACGACGAUCAUCCAGCUGCCCAAAUCCUUGACCACGUCUGCGGUACCUAUUAUCACGACGAGGACAAAUAUCGGAGCUCUCGUGUUGCGUCCUACUACAGCGAGGAAGCCUCUGAAGACGGUUCUCGAACAUUCCAAUCCGAGGAUGACACAACGUAUGACGGACGUCGAGGUCGGAGGUCAGAUAGAUCUGUAGAUUCUCGGUCAUACGUGACCCAGUCUGACUAUGAUUCAGACUCAAGGCGACGAGGGCGAGGCGGAAGUUUUGAUACUGAAGAUGAAUCUAGGGUCACCCAUGAGAACGAACCAAAACUGAUUUCGAAGCCUUUGGCUAGUAGCUUCGCCAAAAGAUGCUACUUUACAAAAUCUGGUAUCGGAAAGACAACACAACAUUAUGAGGGGCUUACACUCACGGGUAAUGUUGUCUUGAUGCUUGCUUCCGCCAUGAAACUGAAGGGCUGCCCCACAAUUUGUGACGAGGAUUUGCGACGUGUAGAGCAAACCUAUCCAAACCAGUUCAGUCGACUUCCGGAUGAGUUACUUCUUAGCAGUGGAUGGCGGAGGAUAAGCAAAUACUGUCACUUUUCGAACAAAUCGAUACCGGAUGGGAUACCCUUUUUUCGUAAGUUUAUCAAAGAAAUCGGAUUGAACCAUCGUAAACAGCGUUCUCUUCGAAUGUCAGGAUGACUGAUAUCACAUUUUUUUAAUAUAUCGCCACUCCAAGAUUCAAAGCAACGGUUGCAUCCAUCAGGUGGAUACUACUUUUUACUUGCUGCAUCUGUCGGAAUGAUACGUCCGAUUGAUGUAGAGCCUCUUACAAAAGAUACACUGGUGUUGCUGGAGACUGAUUACCCAAAUCAAUGCGAUGCGACUCCUAGCAUCCUGAUCAGGGAUCCAGACCAAUGGGUUGUUGUUAACAAAUUUUGCUUCUUCUCUGGUGGACCGAUCAAUACUGAGGAAGAUGUUUACUAUCAGGCCGACUUCGAUGGGAAUCCUAUUUAUAUGCUUGCGUUUUUGUCACCUUCGCUCACUCCGGAAGAAUUGUAUAAACUUACUGAUGUUGGCACAGAACACGAGCCGGGCUUGAAAUCAAUAGCCGAUGUUCAGGAAGUUGAAUCUGUUUAUGAUCUCACCGAACGAGAUUUUGAUGAUUUAAAGUUGUAUCAUUUGGGGCCGUGUCGUGCCUUACCUCAGUAUAUAUUACAACCAUCUGCGUGGACCAAAGUUCUUCCACCCCAUUUUUUGGCCGCCAGACAACAAGCGAUGCUCAGAGCUCAAGACUACAAUGCUGACCACUACAGGGAACAAGUGGCAGACCAACAUAAUGACGUGUAUGACCAAGGUCUUCUACCAAUAGGGGAGUCGAAUCAAAUUCAUGCCCCGUCAGCUGUUCCUGGCAUCGCAGAACAUCCAUUCGUUGAAGCCCGAGAGGCAUCUGCCUUUGAAGAGGAAACAAUGAAUCUAACUGCUGGUCAAACAACUUUUGUACGCGAGGCGGAAGAAGAGGGGGCAUUCCACAGCAUGCAUUCGUAAGUGCAGAUCUAUGAUUUUUCCUACUAUCUUUGUUUCAUUACGUUAGUUUCAGGAAAUGGAUUGCGGAGAUUAUCUAACUUUUAACUUUUUUCAGUGGCGAAAACCACGCUUUUGUGAUAAAUCAAGGAGAGUCUUCUGUCCCUGUUGACCUUUCUGACCAACUCGGAGAUCGGCCGUUUGAAGAGGAAGAGCCUACUAUUGCUGGCUUUUCACGAAUGGAUCCUCCAGACGACGAACCCCCAAGCCUGAAGAUAGGAUCAAUGGAAGAGAAUCAACACGCUAGCCCUCGUUAUGGUACUGACCGUCACAAAAAUGACGCAUCAUCACCUUCUAUAAAGCCAGACAUUGAUGAGCAUGGCUUUUUUACGUUGGAUCCUCGUCUCAACCAUGAUCAAAAUAACAUCGUCGAAGAGGAGGAUUCAUGUAAUCAGUAUGUUUCUCCAGUUUCUGAAUCGCUCAACAACCAAGAUCGACAGUUCGAUUCCGCAGAAAAUGAAGAAACUCCUCAGGGAUUUCGCUCUCCUGGAGGGAAUCUUUAUUUUGAAGACGAAGGAAUGCUACCUAGCAACCGUCACACACAAGAGCCGUUUCAAUCGACAAACUAUAUUGACGAAUAUCAAGAUGCAGCCGGAGUUGGAAUGAAUCAUGUAGAAGGGCCACCUCGAGUUGAGGAUGGCUUUGAAGAAUCACACGAAAUCGAUGACACUACGGAAGUAUACCAGCAAGAUAUGGAGCGCACCAGUAUAAACAAUAAUGAACUUCCCUACGAUUCUCGAUUUAUUGACUCCGAUUUGCCGCAGGUGUUGUCAAACGCAAACGAAGAGAAACCAAUUCAAAUUGGAAAAGACCCCGUAGGCUCAGAUUUAAUUAACUCAGGAGAUGUAUGUGAAGAGGAUCCAGAGAUAUCAUGUGCAAGUGAUAAGCCAGGUGAUGAGUUUGUUGAUCCAAUUGAUACUUCGUUUUCAAGGCAAGAUGAACUUGACAACAGCGCCUUGGCUUCCACUUCAUCACCAGCUGGAAUGUCAACGAACUCUGGAGUGGACACUCGAAAUCAUCAAUCGCCAGCUAUGCGUGGAGCCCAUGCGAUCUUGAAGCGGAACAGGCGGAGAAGGGCUGAAUCGUAAGUUUUGUUCUUUGUCGUGUAUUAUUGAUCAUGUUACAAAUGAUGGCUAACAAAUGUUUGCUUUGUAUUUUAGUAAUAGGUCAUCCACUGGAAAGGUCAGCAACAAUAAUACAAUGAUAUCACCAGCAAUGAGCGAGAAGCUGACAUCUACGAAAUCAGACACGAGUAAAGAUAUGUGGGAUGAGAAUGGAACAGAUAUUACAGGUUCUGGUGUAUCAGUUUCCUCAGGUGUGACCGACAAAAGUUCUCGAAGACAAUUAAUUCUUCAAAUGGCGAAAGCAAGAAUGAAAAACAAUAGGGAUUCGCCUUCCAAAAGUCCAUCAGGCAUCAAUGAGGAUGAUGACGGGGCUAAUACAAUCGUUACGGAAGGGAACGCAACUUUUGCAACUCAUGACUUCGAUUUGACCGGUGACCUUGAUUGAUGCAUACAAGAUAAGAGUUUGAUAUGAUGUGCGUGUGCAUGUUAUCUUGCUGACAAUUUAUCACAUUGAAGAUAUUAUCUGUAGAUGAUAAUUUUUUUAUUUGUCCUAAAAAUAGCUCUAUGUUUAGUAUUUACUGAUGUGCAGGCAGGGUGACCCCCUUUUUCAUGCUCAAUUAAAUGGUACAAGAAAGA